UAGUUGGGCAUGCGGUUCAUACUAGUUGUGAGGUAGUUUACAACUAGUAUAUUUGACUGCAGGGAAGGUAACGAUAUACAUACAUAUACCCAUAUAUAAACUAUAUAUGUACAUACAUAUAUAUGUUUGUACAUAUGUACAUGCAUCAUUACGCGUGUGUUUACUAUGCACACAUUUGUAUGUAUAUACUUACAUAUAUAUGUGCAGAUAUAAAGCUACCAUCGGAAUGCGUCCGCUUCCAACGUGACGCAUACACAUGAAAUUUAUGAAAUUUACAGCUUAGUAGAUUGUGCGUAUUUGGAUAUCCCACAUUUAUGUGCGAGAAAACUGCCGGAAUUACAAAGGGUAUUUUUCAGAAGACGCGUGUGAAGUUCUCAAUUUACUCCCAAAAUGCUUACAGCCAGUUUCACGAAAGCAAUUUAAGUGAAAAAUUAGUAUUUGUAUCUGGAUUUAUUAGAAACUGAGAGAAGGUAAAAAUAAUUUUUUCUCUUAAAUUACCAGUGAAACCGCCAGAUACUAGUGAAACCAAAAUAAAUUAUGUAUGUACAAAUGAGUGAUAUGUAUGCCCGUUCCUGCAGCGCGGAAGUCGCCAAUCGGGCGGUCACUACCAGAUGCACAACAGUAUACUCAAUUGUCGGUUUCAUGAAUAUGCGCCACAUACGAAACGGAUCUCUUCUGAUGAGCGUCGAAAUGUCUUUAAAAAGAUGCCAAAACUCAUCGCGACCUUCUUUAACUGGAAAAGACGGCGCUAAUGAUCAAAACGCAAAAAAAUAUUCACCUGAGUAUUCGGAAAAAAUAUCAUCAAAGUGAAAUUAUUGCUAAAUGCGAAUAUGAAGGACUGUGCAACCACAAAAAUGACUAUUUCAUCAAGGAACUACUAAUGUAUUGUAGCGAGAAAAAUGCUUCAGAGGAUACUGCAACACCAGCACCCAUCUAUCAGUGCAUAGUGAUUAUAAUGCGGCUAGCGUCGCGACUGGUGCUGAAGGGUGAAAAUCAAUGCACGCUGUCAUUGUUUGAGCCGUGGCCACUUUCGCAUAGGCGACCACCAAUGUUAUCUGCACCGACUGUCUUAAACUGGCCAGAUGUUGGCCACAAUUCGUUCGUCAUCAAAGUCUUACAGCUGUACGGUGUCAAUGCUGAGGUGCUGUACCUACACGACGAUGAUGCCGGUGGUAACCACAUUGGUGUUGGGGUUGGAAAUAAAAGACUGCAAGGGAAGGAAAGUGCUAAAAGCAAACACAACCAUAAUGGCUAUAUCCGACGAAGUAUUAACCACAGCCACAGUUUGGGCAAUGGCGGUAAUUGUGAUGAUGAUGACCCCGACUUUUGCAAGGGCACCAACUACAGUUACAUGUGUGUGCUCGAAUAUAGACAAACGCAAAUCAUGAUAAAUAUUACUAGUGUCAAGUCGCAAACAGCAUACAGUUACUACCUGCCACAACAAAAAGUGUGCGUCAGUGCACGACACGAGCUAAGAAGAGGUGGCAGUGAAUCAAUAAAAAGAACAGCGUCAGUGCCAGUGGCAGCAGAAAAAAGUCAAGCAAAAACAACAGCUACAGUCUCAUCAACGGCAUUUAACGCAUCUCGUGCAUUGACAACCACAACAGCAGCCGAAAGAAAAUCAAUGUCUUCGGCUGAAAAGUUAACGCAGAAUACAAUUUUAGAUGCGGCUGUUACUUCAAGCAUCCGAUCUGAGCGGACUACGGCUUUGUCGACCCCAAUCACAGUAUUACGCAAACUAAUAGCGCUAACUAAAAAAGCAACAAUUACAACGACAAAAUCGACUGCAACUUAUGGCUUUAUUCGACAUGUAUGUUUACUUGCAGCAUUGCUAUUAUCGGCAUUGACGGUGAAUCAUGUGAAUGGACAACAUUUAGGUUCAAGAGGAGCAACAAAGACGUCCACUAUACAGCCGUUUAGAAAUACAACAGAAACAACAAUACCAGUGAGUGUGAUAUCGACGCUCGAAAUUGGUGAAAGUGCCAUCUUAAAGGAUAGACGAACUAAUAGUAGUGAACGUUCAAUAAAAAAUCUGUUACCGCAAAACCAACUACAGCAACUUGACCAAAAACGAACGAUUGUUGACAUGCAAGUUGAUUUGGGGGUUAGUCAGUGGCGUGCACUAGUGGAUAAUUUUACAAGUGUCUAUGACAUAAAAAAAUACCAACCUACCUCGAAUAAAGUGAAAUCUGCCGAUAUCACGGUCAUAAAUCAAAGAGAUGGCGACAUCUAUCGGCAGGAAACCACGCAGCACAACACUAAACGUUUCCUCCAGUCCCCAUUCAUCGCUGCAUCGUAUUCAAUGAGUAGGUCUCACGAGCGCAAUAUCACAUUGGAUCAACAUUUAAGCCAAAUUACUGUGGAAGCACCUAAAAUAGAAAACGCUUAUAAGCGCGACAACAGUCCGAUACAUUAUAGUCAAUUCAAUUAUGAUAAAUCAUAUAUUAGUGACUUAUUUAACCAGCAGCCAAAACGAGGUUGGCCACAACGAACCCCUACAAUAACGGCACACACAACAGCAUUAUCAGUAGCAGUACAUAUAAGUCGCAGUGUAGUCCCAGGACGGCAGAGGCGCCGGAUCAGGCGCAGCGCAGAAGAUUUUACUGACACACAUCUACGAAAUAGCGGCGGCACCGAAUUGAACACUACUACCAACAAUAACGAGCAGCAUUAUUCAAGAGUGCGCGGACAUAUGCUGAAAAUCAGAAAAAGACAGCAACAUAACGCAAAAAUGCGUUCGCAAAUUUUUUACGGCGAUGAGGACACAGUUCGCGAUGCCUACAGUGAAGGCUAUGUUGUGAAAUCAUUAGAUGUCCUUGAAAACCCAACGCUGGUCAAAUCUCAUGGCGCCUCCCUUAGAAACUCUAUGAAAAUAAUCGAUUCCUUUAUCACCGAUAGCAUUAAUAAGAAUACUCACUCGCAAUUCGCAGCCAGUGAGGUUAAUAAGAAGUUGCUGAAGCUGGUGAUGGACAGCUUGCAUCUACAGAGGUUACCGGAUAUGAAAAAAGUUAAUGUUAGCCAACGAGAAUAUGUGACCAAGUAUCGUGAGUAUUUGUUGCGCGUACACGAACGAAAACGACGUGAACUAGCUGAAUUGGCAUAUACGAUUGAGGACCCUGUCGAGUGGCAAAUGGAAAAUGCUCCAUUGCAUAUUGUUAGCAUCGCCCCGAACGCCACCGAAUUCGAACAGUAUUGGCGAAGAAAACGCAACAUUCUGAACGACUCAGAUGAGGACGAAUAUGACGCUGAUGCCGCUACCGAUCAGGAAACAUUCACCGAUAACUUUGUAUUACCACGUAUGCAACGCAAUAAAGACGGAAAGUGGCGUCGACGACUAAAAGGCAAGACUACGAUGGUUCUGCGUUUUGCCUUGGAAAAGAAUGCUGCUCAAUUGGAGCCCGGCGACGUGGAGGAGGCUAAUAUUCGACUUAUGCUAAUCCACAGCUCGGAAUUAGCUGUCAAGUCUACCAAGCCGAGUAAACAGUCAAGGUAUCGCGCCUGCCGCACAAAUAUCACCAAAAGCGGUAAGCCGCAAGCAAGCACAGAUACGCCUACAAAGCAGAAGCAUAUUCUAAAUUUGAGGGUGUAUCAGCGUUUGGGGAAGGGCAAACGCCUUUGGCUCGAUGGUCAUAAAAUGGAUAUCGAGGUGGAUUCCCGUCGUGCGGAUGAUACACAUAGCCAGUGGAUGCAAUUCGAUGUCACCAAAGCUGUGGAGGCAUGGCUACGCGAGCCAAAGUCCAAUCUUGGGCUCGAGGUGCAAUGUGACAUUUGUCAACGAGUUGGUGCGCGCAUACUAAACGACAUGACGUCGUCUACCAACGUUGACGAUGCCAAUGCUGAUGAUGCGAAAUUGAUGCCGGUUUUAAACAUCAUCGGUCGUAUGGGCGUGACGUACAAGGAGAUGAGGUCGAAUAAACAUUCCAAUUCCGCUGAGGCAACACUCUACCAUCAUCAUAAAGUUGCAACGCUGUCAAAUGGCCGACACCUCUCCAAUGCUGCACUAGAUAAACAUACCUGCCAUAAGGGCAAUAAACGCUGCUGUCGACACACAAUGGAAGUGGUGUUCAAGGAAAUCAAAGGCUUUGAAUUCAUAAUACAGCCGAAAGUAUUCGAUGCUGGCUACUGCCACGGCCGCUGUCCUCCGCGCUACAACCCCGCCCACCAUCACGCCAUGUUGCAGAGCCUGAUUUGGAAGCAAAACCGUGAGCGUGCACCGCGUCCAUGUUGUGCACCCUCGAAGCUGGUCGAACUCGAAGUUUUGCACCUAGAUGAAAAAAACAGCGAAAAACUAAAGAUCUCAACGUGGACUGAUAUGCGAGUUGUCGAGUGCGCAUGCUCGUAAGUGCUACAUGGAUGCAAUAAUUGGUAAAAUAUCGGUAGGACUACCAAUGUGUGAUAGCGGGAAGAGUUCUAUAAGUAGUAUCUAAUAUAACAUUAUUUAUACACGAACAUACAUCAUAUAUUCAUAAACAUAUAUGUACAUACAUAUAUACCAACCUGUUUACAUAUAGGUAUAUCUAUGCAUACAUAAAUACAUUUACAAGCACUGUACACUUUCGAAAAAUUUACUCUAAGGCUGCGUUUGAACAAACUCCUUUAAUUGGAAAUUAAUUUAAAUUUAAAUUUUUAUUUGAUUCUAAAUUAAAUUUUUUCAGUUUCAAUAAGCCCUUUAUUUAAGUGAAUAUAAAUAUGGUAGUAAAAUCAGGGCUAUUUUACAAGUAAACAGCUGAUACACAAUAUUGCGGUGGGCGUAUAUUGAUUAACUGUGUAACAUCUCUGAGUGUGGUUAUUCAUUUUAUUUACGUGAAGAGCAUAGGUCAUUAAUUAAAUUAAAAACAAAUUAAGUUUCAUCGAUGAAACCAAAAAUUUUUAAAUAAAAAAAAAUUUUUUCUUAAAUUAAUCUGGUGAAACGCAGCCUAAAAGUCUGAUUAAGGCAACUUAACGGAACUUAGAACUUAGAAAAUCUAAAUGAAACAGAUUUCGGCGUGGCAUUAAGUUACGUUAAGUUUCGGCAGUUCAAUUAUAGGCAACAUCCAUUUGAAUUUUUGUGUGAGAGCCUUGUAAAUUACUUUAAAUUGCCAUAAUCAGACCAUAAUGCAAUGCCGGCCAAAACGUGCACAUUGUGCAGUUUUUCCUUCGUGUUUUCACACCAACGCUAACGAUGUGUAAGCUGAAUUUGUGGUUUCGCUUUCCCCAAAAUGAAUUUUGCUACAUAUUUAAAGCACUUAUGCUAUUUUUUUAUUAAAAGAAACAACAAAUAUC